ACUGCCGACCGCCGGGACUCCCGGUACCGGGUACCCCCGAUCCCCGGGACCCCCGGUCCCUCAAAUCCCCGACCCCGGUACCGGGAAUUUCUGACCCCUGGGACUCCCGGUACCGGCAAUCCCCGACUCCCGGGACUCCCGGUACUGGGAACCCUCGAUCCCCAGGACUCCCGGCCCCGGCAAGCCCCGAUCCCCGGUACCGGACACCCCCGGUUUCACCCAUACCCCCGCUCACCUCCGCGCCCCGGAACCGGAAGUUCCCCGGGAACCACGCUGUCGGCCCGGUACCGGCAGUGACGUCAUCCGCGCGCGCCGCGGCGGGAACUCGGUGGCGCCGGGCGCUGAGGGGCACGCACGCGGCCGCUCCGUGACGUGUGUGAUGACGUCAGGCCGACGUCACGGAACAUCGGCGACGACAUGCCCGGUGUGCCGGCCGGGCCGGUGACGUCACGGGUGCCCGGGGGAGCCGCCGUGGCAGCCGCGCCCCCAGAGCCGCCAUGGCAGAGCCUGGAGCAGCGCAGAGCCGCCGACAUCAUCCGCCUGCUGAGCCUCUACCGGCCCCUGCUCGACGCCUUCGUCAUUGAUUUCUUCACCGAGGAUCUGUGGUCCCAGCUGCCCCCAUCCUGGCAGCCCGCCCUGGCCGGUGCCACCCCGGAGCAGCUGGCCGGGCUCCUGGGGGGCCGGGGGUGCCCGGGGGCGGCCUGGCCGCUGUCCCUGCUGGCCUUUGGGGCCGCUGCCCGUGCCCUGGCCUUCCCCCGGGGCUGCCCGGGAUCGGCCCCGCGCCCGCCGUGCCAGAGCUCCCGCCUGCCCCCGCUGCUGCGCCGCCACGUCAAACCCAAAAAACAGCACGAGAUCCAGCGCCUGGGCAAGCUGCUGCAGCGGCUGAGCCGCGCCACCGGCUGCGAGCGUGUGGUGGACGUUGGAGCGGGGCAGGGCCACCUGUCCCGGUUCCUGUCCUUCGCCCUGGGGCUCAGGGUCACUGCCGUGGAGAGCGAUGCCCGCCUGGCAGCCCUGGCCGAGCGCUUUGACCAGGAGCUGCUGCAGGAGCUGGGUAAAACCAAGGGCCUGGCACACAGGGGAGCCCCCCCGUGCCCCCUGACCCCCCGUGCCCCCCAGCACAUCCCCGGCCGCCUGGACCCCGCAGCUCCCUGGGGGGAGCUCCUGCUGCCCCCCGACCCGCCAGGAGCUGGCCCCGCUGCCCGCAACCCGCUGGGGGGCCCGGGGGGCUCCGAGGACGGGCACAGGGUGCUGGUGACAGGGCUCCACGCCUGCGGGGACCUCGGGCCGGCCCUGCUGUGCCACUUUGCCCGCAGCCCCGCCGUGGCUGCCAUAGCCUUGGUGGGCUGCUGCUACAUGAAGCUGUCGAGCGCCCCGGAGCAUCAGCAGCACCCUGGGUACCCCCUGAGCGCCUCGGUGGCGGCACUGCCGGGCCACCAGCUGUCCUACCGGGCACGGGAGGCUGCGUGCCACGCUCUGGAGGAGUACCAGGCACGGCUGAGAGGGGGCAGUGCCCACCUGCGUGCCCACUGCUACCGCGCCGUGCUCGAGAGCCUGAUCCGCACCGUCGAGCCCGGCAAGAGGCACCUGGGGCUGCAGCCCGGCAGGAAAGCACACACCCUGAGCUUCACACAAUACGCCCAGCUGGGGCUGCCCCUGGCGGGACUGGACCCAGUGAGGGUCCCACUGGACUCGGGGGCUGUGGGGGCCAUGCUGGAGCAGCAGCACAAGGUGGUGGCGUUCUGCACCCUGGGGCAGCUCCUGGCACCUGCUGUGGAGACCCUGAUCCUGCUGGACCGGCUGCUCUACCUGCGGGAGCAAGGUUUCCACUGUGCCCUCGUGCCCCUGUUCAACCCCCGGUUCUCCCCACGGAACCUGGUGCUGGUGGCUGCACGGACCCCGCUGGCCACAGCGCUGGCUGGGCUGGCCAAGGACACUGAGGGUGGGCACAGCAGCGAGGAUGAGGAUGUGGAGGAAGCAGAGUCCCCCAGAGAGGGGCAGAACCCCCAAUAAACCCAGGAUUUUUACACUCAAGGGCUGGCUAUGAGUCGGUGCCACACCAAAAGCACAAACACAGCAAAUUGAGGGGGUGUUUAUUGCAGAGCCCACCUUGGGGGGCCCCACCUCCCCCAGUUAAUACCAGGAGGAUUUCUUGGCCUUCCUCAGGAGGCUCCCAGCUCUCCCAGUUAAUACCAGGAGGAUUCCCUCGGGGGGCUCCCAGCUCUCCCAGUUAAUACCAGGAGGAUUUCUAGGCGUUCCUCAGUGGGCUCCCAGCUCUCCCAGUUAAUACCAGUAGGAUUUCUUGGCCCGGCGUGUCUCCACAAUGCCCAUGGCAUCCAUGAUCUCCUCCUCGAAGGUCUUCAACGACGGCCGGUAUGUCUUGGCCAGCGCGUCCUCCUGUGACGUGUCCUUGGGGCCAUCUGUGCGGGCAGGGGGACAAUGUUGACCCCUCUGUGUGCCCUUCCCCAUGCCCCCAGCCCCCUGUGCCACCCCUCUCACCGAUCCACUGCUCGGGCACGAUGCCGUCCUUGCGUGGCUGCGGGGGCACGGGCAGGAUGCGGCCGCUGCGCAGCGACACGCGCACGCGCUCGCCCUCCUCCGUGAACCUCCACUCCACCUCCGUGGGCUUCCUGCGGGCACACGGCGUCGGUGACAGGCAGGAGCGAGGUGGGGUUCCCCUCAGCACCCCCCACCCAGGUUUUACCGGUCCUCAGGGUCCACCAGGCUGAUCUGGCUGAGCAGCAGCGGUGCCUCGCUGGCGAUGUAGGUGCCCGAGUACUUGGCGGUGCGGUUGACAUAGCGAUAGUGCUGUGAGGGGACACCAUGGGGUCACUGAUGGCCCUGUGGCCACCUCAGCCUCCCCAGGGCCUCCUGCAGCCCUCCCUGCUGCAGCCUCACCGUGUUCAGUCCUUCCACCACCACCCAGUUGCGGGCUUGCACCACCUGGCUGACCAAGCCCUGCUUCCCCGCGUCCUUCCCGGCCAGCACCUGCACCUGCGGGUGGGGAGAGGGGCACAGGUGUGUGAAAAACGCCAAUCACUUGUUUUUAAAAUUUGAAAAGUUUCAUAGUAAUAAAAUGGUUAUAAAAAAUAGUAAUACUAUUAGAGUAAUAAUAAUUUGGACAAUUUGAAU